GGGAUUUGGUGUUAGACGGGCAAAAUAGGGAAGAAGAGAUCCCAUGCAACUAUUAGCGGGAAUCUCUUGGGAAGUCGAUUCUGUCUGUUUGCUUCCCUCCCUUUGCUUUUAAAUACCACAUCAGUUUUCCCCAUCCUUACAAGUUCGCUCUUCAUAAGAAAACAACAACAAAAUUUGUAAACCAUCAGAAUAUUCAAUAUUCAAUAAUCAGCAAUGUCUUCUCAGCCCUUCCACCUCCUCUCUUCUUCUUCUUCUUCUUCUUCUUCUUCUUUCUCUCCUAUCCGUCUCCGUCCUACACUUUUCUCUGGUGGUGUUUGGUUGUACGGGGCUAAAGACAAACAAGUUAACUUCGAUUUUCGCCCAAGAUGCGCUGCUGUAUCCCAGUCCCAGACUCAUACUCAAGAAUACGACAUUGUGUUUCAGAAAAAUGGAGGAGUGCCAGUGAUAAAGUGGCAUGAGAUUGUGGAAGAUGACAUAGAAGAGCAAGUACCUAAGGUUAAAAUAUCAAAGGAGAUCACAGAACGUGUCGACAGCAUUAAGAAAAUGUUGGAAUCCAUGGAGGAUGGAGAGAUAACCAUAUCAGCCUAUGAUACGGCAUGGGUUGCUCUUGUUGAAGACGUAAAUGGAAGUGGAGCUCCUCAAUUCCCGUCUAGUCUUCAAUGGAUAGCCAAUAAUCAGCUGCCGGAUGGUUCUUGGGGUGAUGCUGAUAUUUUCACUGCACAUGAUCGUAUUAUCAAUACGCUUGCUUGUGUUAUUGCUUUGAAAUCAUGGAAUUUACAUCCUGAUAAGGCGGCCAAAGGAAUGAAAUAUUUUAAAGACAACUUAUGCAAGCUUGAAGAUGAGAAUGCUGAGCACAUGCCUAUAGGAUUUGAAGUGGCUUUUCCUUCACUUAUAGAGCUGGCAAGCAAAUUAGACAUUGAAGUUCCCGAGGACUCUCCAGUCUUGCAGCAGAUCUAUGCCAGCAGAAAUCUGAAGCUCAAAAAGAUACCAAAAGACAUAAUGCACAAAGUGCCCACCACACUACUCCAUAGCUUGGAAGGAAUGCCAGACCUUGAGUGGGAUAAGCUUCUGAAAUUGCAAAGCCAAGAUGGGUCAUUCUUGUUCUCUCCAUCCUCCACUGCCUAUGCACUCAUGCAAACUAAAGACGAUAAUUGCUUAGCUUAUUUAAACAAGAUUGUCCAGAGAUUUAAAGGAGGAGUGCCAAACGUUUACCCGGUUGACCUUUUCGAGCACAUUUGGGCUGUCGAUCGGUUGCAACGCCUCGGAAUAUCAAGAUUCUUCGAGCAAGAGCUUAAAGAAUGUAUUAACUAUGUUGCCAGAUAUUGGAGAGAAGAUGGCAUUUGCUGGGCAAGAAAUUCUGAGGUUCAUGAUAUUGAUGACACAGCUAUGGGAUUCAGAAUGCUUAGAUUAUUUGGCCAUGACGUUUCUCCUGAUGUGUUCAAGCAUUUCAAGAAAGGGGAUACUUUCUUCUGCUUCGCGGGGCAGUCAACACAGGCGGUCACCGGAAUGUUUAACCUGUACAGAGCUUCUCAGGUUCUGUUUCCUGGGGAGAAUAUUCUCGAAGAAGCUAAGGAAUUUUCUUCCACUUUCCUUAGAGAAAAGCAAGCUGCUAAUGAAGUCUUAGAUAAAUGGAUUAUAACCAAGGACUUACCAGGAGAGGUUGAGUAUGCAUUGGAUAUGCCAUGGUUCGCCAACUUACCUAGAGUGGAGGCCAGAUUCUACAUAGAACAGUAUGGCGGGGAAGAUGAUGUAUGGAUUGGCAAGACUCUCUAUAGGAUGCCAUUCGUGAACAAUAACGAGUAUUUGGAGCUUGCAAAAAUUGACUACAAUAGUUGUCAAGCGUUGCAUCGCGUCGAAUGGGAUAAUUUUCAAAAGUGGUACGAAGAAUGUAACUUGGGAGCUUUUGGGGUAAGCAAAAGAGAGCUUCUGUAUGCGUAUUACAUGGCAGCAGCCAGCAUAUUUGAGCCAGAAAGGUCAAAAGAAAGAGUUGCAUGGGCCAAGACCACUAUAUUGCUACGGACCAUCGACGCUUAUUUCAAUGACAACAGCAACAAUUCCGUUGAGGAGAGGAAAGAUUUUGUCCAGCAAUUUAAACAUGGCGUUGGCGCACCUGCAGGACUCGUAAAUGGAAGGAAAUUGGAAACAAAGACAAGGCAGGAACUUGUCGGAAUAGUGCUUGGAACCCUAAACGAUGUCUCUUUGGACGCACUGGUGGCUCAUGGGACAGAUAUUAGUCACAGUUUACGUCAUGCUUGGGAAAAAUGGCUGACGAAUUGGGAAAAGGAAGGAGACAGACACCAGGGAGAAGCAGAACUUAUUGUCAAAACAAUAAAUCUAACAACUGGGCGUUGGGUGUCUGAAGAGCUCUUGAACUAUAGUUCUAAGUAUGAAAGAUUCUUUCAACUUACAAACAGAAUUUGCCAUCAACUUGGUCAUCACAGUAAAAACAAGGUAUAUGACAGGGAGAGAAGCACAACCCCAGAAAUAGAAUCAGAUAUGCAAGAACUGACGCAGUUAGUGCUCCAAAAUUCCUCAGAUGGAAUGGAUUCCAAUAUCAAGCAAACAUUUUUUACUGUGGUCAAAAGUUUUUACUACACUGCCGUUUGCGAUCCUGGGACUAUCAAUUACCAUAUUUCUAAAGUCCUCUUUGAAAAAGUGUAUUAACUUUUUUUUUUUUUUUUCUUUGCAAGACAUUAUGCAAUUAUUCCUUGUGCAUAUGCCUGUCAAUUAAAUAUUGGAAUACUCAUAAAUCAAUCAAUGCAAAGAAAUUCAUUUGAUUUUGGAGUAAAGAGUAAUUCCAAUAUUGUAUCGUCAUAUAUAGUUAACUCUAUUGGAAAAUGCAAAUAAUGUAAUUUUUUUUUU